AUGGUCCCUUCUCCAGAGUUACCCACCCCUACAGUAUUCACUAUACCACCAGCAAUAUCACCUGUGUACCCGACACCACCUCCAGUUGCGCCUACUGCGUACCCAACACCACCGCCACCUGUGUCUGCUACGGUGUAUCCGGUACCUCCUCCAGCCAUGCCUACAGGUGUAUCCGACACCUCCUCCAGCAAUGUCUACUACUGCAUACCCGACACUCUGCCACCUACGGUACUUGCCUCGGCUUAUGCAGCAGCACCAGAGGCACCUACCCUGGCCUAUCCAACGGUACCACUUGUAAUACCAGUUCCAGUGGUUCCACCAGUUCCUGCGAGCUCUUAUGAUCGAGGUGGCUCAACAGAGAGCGAAUGUGGACAAGAAAAGGAAGCAGACAGAUCGGACUUCAGGACAGACCCAGUAGCCACAAGCUACCAGACAACAGCAGGGUGGUCACAAUCAGUCGGGUCAGGGUACUUCUGGGGCAUCUGGCCGACCUCAGAAAUCAAGGCGGACUUCCUCAGGACAUUUUCGGUCAUCUCAGCAAAAUCGGAAAUAGUCCUCUAG